AUGCAGCACGCUGUUGCCGGAUUUCUUCUCUCAGGCUUGAUGCAUGGCUUGCUAUGUCUCGCACACCCGACAGGCAAAUCCCCGCCGGUAUGCGAGAUAAUCAACACUGCUUUGCCAGGCAAGGUGGCAUACCCGAACACGGCCGCAUACAACGCGUCCAACGUCUACUGGUCAGGCAGACAGGACAUGGAGCCCUCCUGCAUAGUUCUUCCCGCAUGCCCCGAAGAUGUUUCGAAGGCUCUGGGGCUUGUGACCAAGCAUGACAGCCCCUUUACUGUUAGGGCCGGAGGACACACCGCGUUCGCCAAGGGAUCUAAUAUUGAGGCAGGAGUCGUUAUUACUAUGGACUCGAUGAGUGACAUCCAUGUCUCCUCCGACCGCUCCACAGUCUCUGUUGGCCCUGGUGCCCGCUGGAUCAACGUCACUGACACUGUAACACCCCUGGGUCUCGCGGUGGUUGGCGGCCGCGCCCCUACGGUAGGCGUUUCAGGGUUUAUCUUGGGAGGUGGCCUCUCGUUCCUGACCGGCAGGCGAGGGCUGGGCUGCGAUAACGUUCGGAACUUCCAGGUCGCUCUUGUAUCAGGCAAGAUUGUGAACGCGAACCCAAAAGAAAACAAGGACCUCUACUGGGCUCUUAGAGGUGGCGGCGGGUCUAGCUUUGGCAUUGUUACCCGGUUUGACCUCGAAGCUUACGAGCAAGGCGACGUCUGGAGCCGGCUGACGGUGUGGCCGGCUUCCGAUACCGCCAACGUUCUCAAUACUUUUACCAGGAUUACCAGGGAAAAACUACACUCGGGACAGGAUCCAGACUCGCACCUGAUAUUCGGCCUCACCUAUUCCGGCGCUCCCGGCGAUGCACCCAUUCCAACGGUAUACGGCUUCCAUCUGAACCUCUCCUCUCUGUACGCGCCUGGUGGCGAGUUCGACACCAUGGAGGCGUUCUCUCGGCUCCCAGAGCCACUUUCCAACAACACACUCAUCACGGACAUUCCAGGCCAGAUUCGAACCACUUCAAGAUCUGUGUUUGGCCAGAGGCAAUCAUGGUACGCCACUUCUGUCAGCGACGGCGUGAACAGCAACGGUUUUAUAAAUGAUAUCACCAAAGUCUUCACCACCUUCGCCAACGAGCUUAGAGCGGAUGUAAAAGCUCGAGGGGCUUCUCUCAACACAAGCAUGGUCUUCCAGCCCCUCACCAACCCUACGUUCAAGGCCAUGCAGAGGAAUGGCGGUAACGCUCUGGGCCUUAAACCUGCAGAGUUCCCUUCUUAUAUUAUCUCCAUACCUAUGACCUGGACCGACUCGGCCCUCGAUGAUAUGAUUGACACCCGGACGAACCAGUUUAUUGAUAACCUGAACGCCAUGGCCCAGGAGAGGGGAUUUGGAUAUGGCUAUGAGUAUAUGAACUAUUCUGGGAGACUGCAAGAUGUCAUUGCAAGCUAUGGGAAGAAGAAUCAGGCCAAACUUCGAGCUAUCGCAUCCAAGUAUGAUCCGGAUGGCCUCUUGCGGAAACUCUGGACGGGGUAUUUCAAGCCUUGA